AUGGGCACCGUGCAAGCGCAAGGCUCCGACGAGUCCGCGGCCGAGUCGGCCACUGUCGGAACGUCCGCCUCGACUUCGACUUCGACCUCCAGCUCCGGGUCCUCGCAGCACGUGCAGUACAGCAUCCGCAACGGCGAGACCAGCAGCAAGGGCGUGAACCUCGGCUCGUGGCUCGUGGCCGAGUACUGGAUGACGUCCACGGCCGACAUUUGGACUGGGGCCGUCAACGCCUCGCAGGGCGAGUACACGGCCAUCGCGCAGGCCACCGACCCGGACGCCAUCCGGUCCCACCUCGAGUACCACCACUCGACGUUCAUCAACGAGAGCGACAUCGCCGAGAUCGCGGCCGUGGGGAUCAACACGGUGCGCGUGCCCGUGGGCUACUGGAUCGUGGGCUUCGACGACUACGACCCGUCGGGCAAGGCCGAGUGGAAGGUCUACACGAACGGCACGCUGAAGUACCUGGACGCCCUCGUUACGGACUGGGCCAAGAAGUACAACGUGGCCGUGCUGCUGAGCGUCCACGCGGCCAAGGGCUCGCAGAAUGGGGCCGACAACUCGUCCCCCACCGUCUACGGCUCGGAGUUCUGGGGGUCCUACGCCGAGAACGUCAACAACACCAUCGCCAUGGUCUCGUACCUGGCCGAGCGCUUCAAGGAUGAGGACGCGUUCCUGGGCUUCGGCCUGCUGAACGAGCCCAACGGGGACACGACCACGGACGUGCUGUACGACUACUACGAGCGCGCGUAUGCGGCCAUCCGGGCCACGGGCAGCGAGUGCGUGCUGAGCGUGGCCCCGCUGCUGACCGAGCAGAACGCCGAGGUGCUGACGGACUUCAUGCUGGCCUCGGCCGGGUACACGAACGUCUGGGUCGAGUGGCACCCGUACUUCGUCUGGGGCUACGAUGACGUGUCGGACGGGGACCUGGUCAGCACGAGCGUCAAGGUCAACUUCCAGAACAGCGUGAGCACGUGGAACGCGCGCGAGAACCACAACCGCCUCUUCAUCGGCGAGUGGAGCUUCGCCACGGCCGGCAAGUUCCAGGACGACCAGGACCUCUUCUACGAGUUCGCGCAGGCCGAGACGGACGUGGUCAACCAGGCCGAGGGGGGCUGGACCUACUGGAGCUGGCGCAUCUACGCGGACGAGACCGAGGACAACAUGUGGUCGCUGCGCGCCGUGCUGCGCGACGAGAAGCUCAAGCAGAUUCUCUUCCCGUCCAGCAGCGGCAGCGCGUCCACGGCGGCCACGACUUCGGCCACUGGAAGCUCGACCUCAACGGAGCAGACGCAGCAGCAGCAGCAGUCCCGGAAGCUCUAG